AUGAAGCAUGUACCUCUAAGCUUAUCAAUUCUUAUUGUGAGUAUAAAUCCAUUGUUCGUUGGAAUAUUUGCUUUCUUCAUCCUCAAGGAAUCUCUUACAAAAUUAAACAUGAUCGGAGCCUGUGGAGCGUUCGUAGGAGUUUACUUGCUCACAUUGCAUAAAAGUGGAGGCAGCAAAGAUAUUCAAUAUUAUUUUAUGGGCAUCUGCCUCGUAUCUAUUUCUUGUUGUUGACAGACUGGUAUUAAUAUCUUACUAAGAAUUAUAAAUAAAGAGCUUCAUUAUACUAUGAGUCCAUUCUGGUUCAGCAUGACAACAAUAUUUAUCUCAGGUUCGCUGCUGUGAAUGCACCCAAGCGUGUUUAGCUUUGAGCACUACACAUAUUCUGAAAUUUCUUUGUUUCUUCUAUCAGGGGUCUUUAACUAUGGAGGGCAGGUGUUCAAGUCACUUGCUUUUAAAUAUGCGGAUGCAUCUCUGUUGUCACCCUUGCAGUACUUCAACGUUCUCUAUCUAUUCCUCAGUGAUAUUGUCAUCUUCAAGUCAGCAUUUACAGCUAUGGACAGCUUUGGAGGGUUAAUCAUCUUAGUCAGCUUAUUAUCACCCAUAUUUCAGGCUAUUUGCAGCAAAAAUUCAAACCAAUAA